AUGGCCGGAGUGCAGGAAGAAGAGUUCGACGAGGGUGAGGUGUGGGACGUGCUGCAGGAUCACACCAGCACGGAGGCAGGGGCGAGGGCGCUCUUCGCCGCUCCUCCGAGGAAUAGGAGGGGCGGCAAUGGCGAGAAGGCCGUGAGCGAGGACCAAGGUGCACGUGCUGCUGCCACGAGGACGCCGAUGGGCAAGGGGAGGUCGUCGGCGCCGCUGGCCAUUCCGGCCGGCAGCUCGUCGAGGCGACGCGGCGACGAGCAGGAGGAGGAGGAUGGAGAGGAGAUGCUGCCGCCGCCGCACGAGUGGCUGGCGAGGAAGAUGGAGCGGAUGGGCGCGGCGUUGCCGCCGGAGGCGUGCAGGGGGAGGAGCAAGGGGAGGGAGAUGAGGAAGGUCAGGGACACCGUACUCCCCAAGACCGCGUUCUCCGAGAAGUAG